GCGCGCUCGAAUCCGCCAUUGCUGUGACGCGCAUUUCUCUUGUGUUCUCGUCCAGUGACGACCGCCCAGAAAUUUUGACGUGGCUACUACGUAUAGACUGCUUUACCCACUCCGAUCGCUGCAAAGCUGGUGACGAGGAAUACGUAACUGGUGCUUCGUUAUAUAAGUGAUGGAAGGGAUGGUGGAAGAGAAUGGGACAGUUGAUCCUUUGGCUCCUUCACCGGAUCCUCCGCUCUCGAUCGCAUCUUCGGUAGGCGUAACUAAUACUCAACCUCAUCUGGUCGCGGCUACUAACAUAGUACAGCUUACCUUACCUACUCACACUCAAGCGCAAGCACAGGUGCAAUCCGUAAUACAACCAAAUCAACAGUCCGUUAUACAAACAGCUGCGAAUUUACAGCCUAUGCUGAGUAAGGGAAAUGUAAUACUUGUCGGCAAACCAAAUUCCGUUAUACAAACAACUCAGGGUAGUUUGCAAGCCUUACAAGCGCCAGUAUGUUUCAAGGUUGUGGAGGCACAGAGUGACGACAGUUUAUCGGAAGACGAAUCUCCAAAAAAGCGCAGAGAUCUACUCACGAGGAGGCCUUCGUAUAGAAAAAUACUCAACGAUCUUGGCGGGGGUGAGAUAGCUGAGGGCAAGGUUGAGCAGACAUCCUCGGAGGCAGACAGUGAGUUGUCUUCUCAUUCGAUCCCAUACCACACAGUGAUACCUGCUGGAGCCAUACAGAUAUCAAGCGGUGACGGAGGUCCCGGCAUACACACACUUACUAUGACUAACUCGACGGCGGGUGGUGCUAUUGUGCAAUAUGCUCAAGGUGGACAGGAAUUUUUUGUACCAGUUGUGGCACAAAGUGGAGGCCUGAGCAGUCCCGGAGGAGAAGACCAAGCGAGAAAACGGGAGAUGCGGCUGCUGAAAAACAGAGAGGCGGCUCGGGAAUGCAGGCGAAAAAAGAAAGAGUAUAUAAAGUGCCUAGAAAACAGAGUAGCUGUGCUAGAAAAUCAAAACAAAGCCCUUAUAGACGAGCUGAAAUCUCUGAAAGAACUUUACUGUCAGCAGAAAACCGACUGAGAUUGGUUAGUCAUUCUAUACUUGGUGUCGGACAAUUUCGUACUCAUUGGGAUCUUGGAGAAGUAGAUUAGUGCUUUAUUGGCAUUGAGGAACUUUGUCGAAAAAGUGUAAAAUUGUGCAAUUAUAUUAUAAAUGUGUACAUUUUGCCGCAAACUCCAUUGCUUUAAGAUAUUCUUAUAGAAUUUUUUGCUACCGAAAUCUUUUAGGGAACUGUGACCUGAACUAACAAUUUCGAAAAAUGAUGAC